GGAUGGAUGGAUGGAUGAAAGAACUGUCUCAGAUCAGUAGGUUGGCAGCUACAAAUGCUGAGCUCUGAUUGGUCCUCGGCUGAAUGAAGUAAAAUAAUCAGGACAAAAACCUCAGCUGAUCAUGAACUGUCACUGGUCYGUCAGGCUCUCAGCUGGUAACAUCUUGGAACAUCAUUUCCUCGUCACCUUCCUCCUCCCUGACUGUUCCUGGGAGCAGCAGCCUCACAGGUCCCUCCUUCAUAUGAUCCAGCUGCUGGUCUGGUGGAGCCACGAGCAGCUGGAUGAAUGUGCUCUGCUUGUCUUUAUGACACUUUCAUCGCUGUAAGGAGCCCUGCAGACACCAGGUUUAGUAGCAGGAAGUGAAAAAUGGAAGAAACCAGCGCUGCUGUCUUCGUCACUGUUCAGAAGAUCUACUACCCACUGCUUUGCAUCAUGGGUAUUCCAGCAAACCUCUUCACUUUCUACAUGAUCUGUUUUCGUAAAUGCAGGAUGUCCAACACAGCUGUCAUCUAUCUGAGCUGUCUGGCUAUUGUGGACACUUUCUACGUGAUCUGGGUCAUCCUUGUCGACCUAACUCUUACAUUUUGGAUUGUGCAGCCCUUUUGGCACUCCCACCCAUGGUGUGGCAUUCUGGGGUUCCUGCAGUAUGGCUCUCUCUACAGCUCCUCCUGGAUUGUGGUGGUUUUCACCAUUGAGCGUUACCUCGUCCUCAGCAGCAUGGCAGCCAGACAGCACUUCUCCCAGCCCUGGGUCACUAAAAUGACUUGCAUGGCUAUAGUGCUUGUGUCCCACCUGGUGUCUGUGCCAAUGAGCUGGAUCAACAUCGUCACACCUGUGAACCUGACAGUGGAGGGAGAGAACACGACACUGCCCAGGUGUCGAUACCGCAACCACACCUAUUCCACUGUUGUAGUCUGGAUGUCUACUUUUCUCUCAGGAGGAAUCCCCAUUGUGUUGGUCACCAUCUUCAAUUACCUGAUUGGGUUCCAUCUCUGCCGCGCGAGCAACCUUUUCACAAAGGAGGAGCGAAGCAUCAUGUCUGGCAGAAGCAGCAGAGGGACACUGAGGAGAACCAUUCUGUUGCUGGGCACAGUGUCCGUGGCCUUCGUUGUGCUCAGCCUGCCUCGUUUUGUCACCUACUGCAUCCUGAGGACCAAAUACAACCACGAAAGCUUCGACAGGAACGACUACAGCCUUCCAAUCAACGUGGCGGGAGACCUGGCCAACAUGCUGCAAAACCUCAACUCCACCACCAACUUCCUGCUCUACACAAUGGUCAGCCGYCGCUUUCGCCAGGAGCUGCUGCAGGUGCUGACCUGCAAGGCGAGAGCCAAUGAGCCGGGGUCCCUUCUCACCCACACCACCAUGAAAGUCUUCUCAGUGGUGAAUCAUCGGGCUUCACCGUCCAGCAGCCCAGUGACCGUGGUGCUGACCGCUCUUAAAAAGAGAGAAUGAACUCUGAACACGUCUCCUUCUUUGAUCUUUGACCAAAUAAACAAAAAUGACUUUUCUCAAAGUCUUSUUUAUUAUCCCCUGAUGCCAAAAUGCAAAGAGGAAGAGUUAAUGUUUCUGCCUGAGCCUCUGUGUGUGUGUGUGUGUGUGUGUGUGUGUGUGUGUGUGUGUGUG